GCGGCGCUGAAUGCCACGCCUGCGUAGUAGGGCUCCACUCGCGCUUCCCCUUCCCCUGCUUUAGCAGGCCGGCUGAACUGUCCAAUGCCCACCCGGAGCUGGAAGGAGGAGCCUGCGUAGGGUGCGUGUGAAGGGAGCAGGGGAGCUGGCCGGGUCCCCCGGUGUUUGACCCGUUGGUGGGCACGUGAGAAGAAAGGGAAGAAGGAGGUGGUGGAGUAGCGGUUGCCGAAAUGUUCCGGUGUGGCGGCCUGGCAGCGGGUGCUUUGAAGCAGAAGCUGGCGCCCUUGGUGCGGACAGUGUGUGUCCGAGGCCCGAGGCAGAGGAACCGGCUCCCAGGCAACUUGUUCCAGCGAUGGCAUGGUCCUCUAGAGCUCCAGAUGACAAGACAAAUGGCUAGCUCUGGUGCAUCAGGGGGCAAAAUCGAUAAAUCUGUGUUAGUCCUUAUUGUGGGCUUAUCAACAGUAGGAGCUGGUGCAUAUGCCUACAAGACCAUGAAAAAUGAUAAAAAAAGAUACAAUGAACGGAUUUCAGGAUUAGGGCUGACACCAGAAGAAAAACAGAAAAUAGCAGCAUUAUCUGAUCCAGAAGGAGAGUCAGUUCCUCAGGUCCGGGUACCAAGUCACAUUCCCUUCCUGAUCAUCGGUGGAGGCACUGCUGCUUUUGCUGCAGCCAGAUCCAUCCGUGCUCGGGAUCCUGGGGCCAGGGUACUAAUUGUGUCAGAAGAUACUGAGCUGCCAUACAUGCGACCUCCUCUUUCAAAAGAACUAUGGUUUUCAGAUGAUCCAAAUGUCACAAAGACCCUGCGAUUCAGACAAUGGAAUGGAAAAGAAAGAAGCAUCUAUUUCCAGCCACCUUCUUUCUACGUGUCUGCUCAGGACCUGCCUCACAUUGAGAAUGGUGGUGUAGCCGUCCUCACGGGGAAGAAGGUAGUGCAGCUGGACGUGAGAGGCAACACGGUGAGGCUGAAUGACGGGUCACAGAUAACCUAUGAGAAGUGCCUGAUUGCAACAGGAGGCACUCCAAGAAGUCUGUCUGCCAUUGACAGGGCUGGAGCAGAGGUGAAAAGUAGAACAACGCUUUUCAGAAAGAUUGGAGACUUUAGAACCUUAGAGAAGAUAUCUCGGGAAGUCAAGUCGAUUACGAUUAUUGGCGGGGGCUUCCUUGGUAGCGAACUGGCCUGUGCUCUUGGCAGAAAGGCUCAAGCCUUGGGCACAGAAGUGAUUCAGCUCUUCCCUGAGAAGGGAAAUAUGGGCAAGAUCCUCCCUGAAUACCUCAGCAACUGGACCAUGGAAAAAGUCAGACGAGAGGGGGUUAAGGUGAUGCCUAAUGCCAUCGUGCAGUCUGUUGGAGUCAGCGGUGGCAAGUUACUCAUCAAGCUGAAAGAUGGCCGGAAGGUAGAAACUGACCACAUAGUGGCAGCUGUGGGUCUGGAGCCCAACGUUGAGUUGGCCAAGACUGGUGGACUAGAGAUAGACUCUGAUUUUGGAGGCUUCCGGGUGAACGCAGAGCUGCAAGCACGCUCUAACAUCUGGGUGGCAGGAGAUGCAGCAUGCUUCUACGAUAUAAAGCUGGGUAGGAGGCGGGUAGAGCACCAUGAUCAUGCUGUUGUGAGCGGAAGAUUGGCUGGAGAAAAUAUGACCGGAGCUGCUAAGCCGUACUGGCAUCAGUCAAUGUUCUGGAGCGAUUUAGGUCCUGAUGUUGGCUAUGAAGCUAUUGGUCUUGUGGACAGUAGUUUGCCCACAGUUGGUGUUUUCGCAAGAGCAACUGCACAAGACAACCCCAAAUCGGCCACAGAGCAGUCCGGGACUGGUAUCCGAUCAGAGAGCGAGACAGAGUCCGAGGCCUCAGAAAUCGCCAUCCCUACCAGCAAUCCUGCAGUUCCUCAGGCCCCUGCCCAAGGGGAGGACUACGGCAAAGGCGUCAUCUUCUACCUCAGGGACAAAGUGGUGGUGGGCAUCGUGCUGUGGAACAUCUUCAACCGAAUGCCCAUUGCAAGGAAGAUCAUCAAGGAUGGGGAGCAACAUGAAGAUCUCAACGAAGUAGCCAAAUUAUUCAACAUUCAUGAAGACUGAACCCCCCUCAGUGGAAUAGACAAGUACUUUGCUGUCCCUGACAGCUGUUUGAAUGGAUAAAGGAACAUUUUGUAUUCACAGAAUUCCUCUGUGCGUAUAAGAGUGAAUGAUCGAGUCCUUUGUGACUUUCCAACCAUAUAGGCGAAUUCUUAAUGUUCACAUCACUCAAUAAAACCUGAUUCUUCUAAAUUAAA